GCCAAUCGGUGAGCUGGUCAUGCUGGACUGUGGGCAAAUCCAAAGAGCUGCAAAAAUCAAAAAUGGCGCCCAGCUCGAAAUCUGAGAAAGAUGACAACAAACAAAAACAACAGAAAAAACACAAAGAUCACAUCGUCAAGCUCCUCACGCGUGGGCGGCUGAAUGGGCAGCUCUCUCAGCGGCUCUUCCGGAAACUCCCUCCACGCGUCUGCGUCCCGCUGAAGACCAUCGUGAGCGAGGAGUUCCUCAGAGCAGGACACAUCUUCCUGGGCUUCACUAAGUGCGGCCGGUACGUGCUGUCCUACACCAGUGACUGCGGAGAGGACGACGACUUCUCCUUCUACACCUAUCACCUGUACUGGUGGGAGUUCAACCUGCACAGCCGCCUCAGACAGGUGCAUCAUGUGCGUUUGUUUGCGGGUGAGGACAUCUACAGCGAUCUCUAUCUGACCGUUUGCGAGUGGCACAAUGAUCAUUCCAAACUGGUCAUCUUCGGCUUUAACACACGCAGCUCCAGUUCAGCCCUGAUGAACAUGAUGAUGAGUGAUGAGAACAACAGGGACAUCUACAUCACCAUCACCUCAAUGCCUCCCGCACAACCGUGCAAACAGUGCUGCCCCGCGUCCUCCGUGUCCACCAUAUGCACAGGUGGUGAGUGUCUGCAGCACGGUUACGUUCUGAACGCUCGCUAUCAGGUGGUUUAUCCGUUCCCGACGUUCCAGCCGGCGCUGCAGCUGAAGAAAGACCAGGUGAUUCUGCUCAACAACAGCUACUCUCUGGUGGCCUGCGCCAUCUCCCUCUGCUCAGGAGACGGGCAGCAGGAGGGUCAAAACAAUCAGAUUCUAUACCUUAAGAGAGAUGCUUCCUCCUCUUCUCCUCCUGCUGGACUUACAUCGCCUUCCUCAUCCUCAUCAACCUCGUCUCAUGGGUCACCUGACCUCAGACAGCUGAAGCCCCAUUCCACCCCGCUCUCCUCUGGCCAAUCACAGGCGGCCGUGCGGGCCAGAGAGUUUGCCGCGGACAUUUUCCGCCGAGCUCAGGCUGGAGCGACGGAACAUGACAGAAAAGCCAAAGAGAAAGAAGAGACGGACACUCAGCGAUUCCACAGUGAGGAAAAGCGAACGAAAGAGAGACAGGAACGAGACGCAGAGGUCCCGGGACCCUCGUCUUCCUCCUCAGGACAGAACCAAAGUUCAGUGUCGCCCACAGAGGCAGAGGACAGAGCUGUGUGUAACACAGUCAUGUCUCCUGGAUCCACCUCCUCCGUCUCCUCUUUGUCUCCAAGUGCUCAUGAGCCUUCAUCCUCCUCUUCCUCCUCCUCAGAGCCUGCUUACGUUAACUACACCACUCUCAGAUACAGACUCCCGCAGGCCAGAACGCCAGAGCAGCCGAGUGGAGAUGAGGAUGAUAAAGUCCUGCUUCCCUUCACUGUGACGGAUCUGAAGGGCCAAAACUUACAGCUGGUGACGGGACCGUUCAGCGGUCAGUGUGUGUGUGUCGAGCAGCUGACGCUGGACUUCGAGUAUCUCAUCAAUGAGGUCAUCAGGAAUGAUGCUGACUGGGGCUCCCAGUUCUGCUCCUUCAGCGACUAUGAUGUCGUCAUCCUCGAGGUUUGCCCGGAGACCAAUAUAGUGGUGAUAAACAUCGGGCUGCUGCUGCUGGCGUUCUCUAACUGUGAGGAUGAGCACUGCAGACCGAAGUCGUAUCACUCCAGUCUGCAGGUCAGUUGGGAUCUGAACACUGGAGCGUGUCGUACAGUCGGUGUCAGUGACCUCACUGAGGUCAAAGGUCAGACCAGUGGAAGCGUCUGGAGCUCUUACAGGAAGUCAUGUGUGAACACCGUCAUGCGGUGGCUCGUUCCCGAGAGCAGCUCGCGCUACAUCAACCGCAUGACCAACGAGGCUCUGCAUAAAGGUUCUUCUCUUCAGGUGUUGGCUGAUAAUGACAGAGGCACGUGGAUCAUCCUGUGAGAGACGACACACACACACACUCCUCAGUGCUGCUCUGCUGUGGGACGGAUGACGUGUCAGUCCAAACGCAGCCGCUCUCAGUGUUUCUCUUGUGUUUGUUGCGUGUAUCUGUGUGAUUGUGUGGGAGCAGAUUAUUCAGAUCAGAUUAUACGUUUGGGCCGAGCAGAUCCACGGUGCUCAGUCCCAUCUGUACACCGACAGCGCGGGACACUCUGGGAUCAUUUUACGAAACACAUCAACAAUCACCAUCCUGAGGCAAAACAGAACUGAACAUCUGUCUCCGUUACACUUGCACACGUUUACACACUUGUUUUGAUGCUAGUGUAAUGAUUUGAAGUCGUUCUUUUUCUGUUUGAAAUUCCCUAAAAUUGGAAAGUGCAACAGGUUGUUUUCUUGGACAGAAAUGGGACAUUGCUUUGGGGUUUAUCUGUGUUUGUUUGGUUGAUUUGUUUUGUUUGUUUCAGGAUGCAGUUGUUUACAUCGUUUAGAUCGUGUCAUCAGCCAAUCAGAAGCUGUCAACCCCUCCUGCCACUUUUUUUAAUACUAGUUGUGGCCUCACAGCUGGACUGGACAAAAAUAUUGUUUUUAUGCAAUGUUAUUUUACUUUAUUUUUGAUCAAAUUAAAUAUUCCUUCAGUACUUUA